AUGGCAGCAGGACAUGGACCCAACAUGGCGGUGCCUCCUGCUGUAGGUGCGUAUGUGUCGAACAAUCCGAACAAUGCCCCGUCCGUUCAAGGGCAGCCCAACUCCUGGACUGCAGCUGCCUUGCAGAAUCAGAGCUCUGCAGGAGCACCCCCGGUCAGAGCUGGGGCUGCGCUGCAGCCACAGCAAGCGCAACCACAGCAACUACAUCAACCACAGCAAGCCCCAGGGCUAAUGGGGUUUUUGGAAUCCCAAGUUGCGACCCUCUAUCAACAGCUGCAGCAACAUCCUCAGCAAGGUCCUCCAUCCAUGCCACAAGUCCUUCCUCAACAGCAGCAACCACAACAGCAGCAACCACAACAGCAGCAACCACAACGUUUUUUGCAGAGCUCGACUGGUGCUGGGAUGCCAGCACAAAACGCUGUGGUAGUGGCUGUUUCCGGCGCUGGCACCAACACUCUCAACCAGAGUACUCUCAACCAGAGUAUUGCUGCCUCGAACUUGGCGGCGACCAUCAUGGCCGGAACUCAUGCGUCAAUUCCACAACCACAACAGCAGCCAGCACCCGCAAACAGUGGAACUACUACUAAUGGUUCGAAUGACGACUUGCGCCUGCGACUAGCUCUCCACUUUUUUGAAGAACAAGUUCGAGGAGUCUACCAAAAUGCCAUGCAAAGUGCAGGGUACAGCAUGGAAGAGAUCCAAGCGACGUCCCCUGCCUAUCAACGAUUUGUACAACGAGCAACUCAAGCCGAACUCGAACGGCUCCAAUCCCUCAAUGACAUGAAGCCACCAUCCUCUCACAAGAAAGAAUGA